AUAGGAAGAAAUUUAUCAUCUGUUGAGAUCCCCAAUCCCAAUUCGAACCCAAUACCAAUCCAAUCCACGCUCGACAUUUUUCUUUCUUGUUCGUUUUCUUUCGAUCUGUCUGCUUCUGCUAGCGCAAGCAACCAAGCAAAUCCCCUUCCAUUACACUCCAACUUCCAUCGACAUUUCUCCCAAAUUUCGCCUUUAUUUCUUCCCAGUUUCAAACCCUUUUCGUUUUUCCUUUCUUCUCAAUCCACCUUCAAUUCCAGAUUAUUUGCAAAAUUUGAGUGAAACAGCCAUAGAAACAGCUAAGUCUGUGCAUGACGAGCGCUUCGGAGCUGUUUUAUAGUCGGAGGUACAGAUUGGGUCGCACUGACGCGGAUUUAGGGCUUGAUUCUGAGCCUCCCGAUCGGUAUCUUCAAUAUCAACGCCGUCAUCAUGGUCACAACGCCAAUCACCGCCGCGAUUUUAACUCCUGUGGUACUUUCCGGCGGUCCUCGUUGCAAGAACGCCGUCAAUCUCCCCGAUUUUUUAACCCUCUUUCUGUUGACCGAUUGCCUACACAGUCUGACUCAGUUACGAGCGAUGGUUCUAGAAAUAAUAUCAAUCCAAAUACACAGAAUAGCUUGAGGACUGGGUUAAGUGGGGAUUCCAGAUUGCCAGGAUCCGUUUUACUUGCCCGAGAAAGGCUUCUCGAAAGAUUGAGAGGUGCCUCUUCACCAAGGAGCAGGAACGCGCUCGUUGAAGCAUUAGAUGGAAGUCCAGAAAUCUCAACAAAUCGAUCGCAGAGGAUAUCCCUUGUUGAUGCUGACAGGAUGCAAUUAGUUCCUGCACCCAGCAAGAGGCCCCCUGGUCUCUCACAAGAUGCAAUCGACCGCUUACAACUUGAGGUUUUUAUCAAUACAGAGCAUAUCAUUGAUGAUGACGUGACGACGACGACGACGUCAAACGAAUGUAGUAUAUGUCUAGAGAGUUUUACAGAUGGAGACGUGCUCAUCCAUUUACCCUGUGAACACAAAUUUCACCAUGCUUGUUUGGACCGAUGGAUUCGAACUUGUGGAGAAUGUCCAUAUUGUCGACAACAUGUCGUCAUUAACUAAUCUUUUCUAACCCGUUUUACAAGUUGGGAUUUCCUGUAUGCGUAGAAAGCUUAGAGACUGUCAAUUAUUCCAUGUUGUGUACUAAUCUUUAUAGUUAUAGUUGAGGAUCUCUAUACUUUGUAUCCUUCUAAGUCUUGUGUUGACUCCAAAUUGUGUGGCUUUUUUUAAUAGCCAAUAGAUUUGACUGCUUUGUAACUCUUCUUUUUCUUGGUUUUAGUUGGAAAAAAAGGACGCUUUGAUUCUUUUAUACAAA